AUGUCCCUCAAUCUCAGCGAUGCUAGGAUAACAUCAUUAACUGAUCUCUGGCAGACGACUUUGUGUGGUGCCCCUUCUGCUAAUGUCAACGAGCUCUUCAAAGAACAUUUGAGGAUCCGAGAAGCUCUUGGCGUCAACGACAAAGAGAUCUUUCACAUGCAUAAACAUAUCGAUAGGAAAGGUCGGGUUUCUUGGAAAUUUCAUUAUCUUUGCUGUUUAGAUAGAGCAGAAGCUGUAGAAAAUUUACCUAAAUGGCUGGAAGAACGAGGGAUUGGUCAUGAAGCCGUGGAAAUCAGGGAGUCUGAAUUCGGAUACGGGUUGUUUGCCAAGAAAGAUCUCGAAGUGGACGAUGUUCCCAUAGAAGUUCCUAAUUCGGCGACUUUAUCAUUGGCUUAUGGAGAGGAGAAGAAGGAGUUACGGUAAGUGACGGGCGGUUUAACAGAUUUGGUACGGAAUUCUUUUUCUCUCAAAAGUGUUCAUUUAAAACGUUAAUGAUCAGGAAGUUUUCUGCUUCUUAAAACAAGUUUUCCGAGAGACUCGAGCUUUCAGAUUUGCCUUGUGCACAUGAAACAGGAUGUCACAGUAGAGCCAUGAAACACUAACCAUGUGUUACCCUAACCUCGAGUACUAAAUUUCAGAAAAAAUUUUUUUGAUUACUGGCCUACUGUAGGUGUACUGUAGCUUUCCCGCAUUUCCAGGAUCUCAGCCACGAGAGGUUGGAUUCUCUCCGGACCUUCUCUGUGUUAUAGAAUGGACAAUUCUAAGCAACUUUCGUAUUGACACCUUUUCCCUAGGACUUCUGGAAGUAUGUGAAAAAUUUGCAUAUUUGGCAAAAAAUUUAUAUUUCUUAAAUUUUCUAAAAAAAUUUGCAUAUCGGUACGUCCUUUUUAUUGCUCUAAAUGACGCUCCAUGAAGCAACAAUUCAAACGGUAUAUAGGUCAUCGCGAGGCGUUCUGCCUAUGUUGCAAACGAGGCUUCUAAAGGUCGGGUCAUCACGGAUUUUUCUCGGGCUAAAAUUUUAUAUGCGAGAUAUUGGGACAAAAUUUGGUUUUAUUAUAAUCUACGCAAAAUUCUAAGACUUUUGGACCACACUUUUAUGAGUCUCAGACCGACCGGUCGAAAGAUACGACCGAUUCUUGAGACUUUUCCGGUAUUUUACAAUUUUUACCCGGAAGGUGACGGAAUUUCGGGGUUUCUUUGAUUGCGUUUAAUUCAGCGUCUGUGAAUAACUCAAUGUUUGUCGCUUUUCAUACUUUAGCUAUUCAAGUUUUUUUGAAAAGUUGGUUGUCGCUUCUAGGAAUAUUCUGAGGUACACCUGUAUUUUUUUUUGGAGUCUGACACCAUGCCGCAAGUAACCUUCUAAGAGGAAAAAUUGACAAAAUUACCUUUUUUAGUUGCCGCAUUUCGAGAUUAUUCUAUAGACCGAAUCGAUCAAAAUAUUUUCCAUUUAUUUUCAGUUCAGAAAAAAUCAUGCAAAUUUUUGUCGGUUUUUCCUCAAAGAAAUUUUAAUAUCUCAAAUACGAAACGCUAAUGUGAUGAAUGGAGCACGUAUCUAGUUUAAAUUAUAUGUUCGGAUUUAAUUGUGCCAUCAGAAUGCUGAAUUUCAGUCAUUAAAAUGGAGUUUUGUUAGAUAUUGCGCAAAAAUUUUUAGACAAAAAUUCCUUUUUUUCGCGAACAUCCGUAUCGGUAUGCGGGAUCGAUGUACGUAGGCAACUUUGUACGUGCUACAUCGAAUACUACCAUCAGAAUCCUAGAAACCCAGAAAUUUCGUCACCUUCCGGGUAAAAAUUGUAAAAUACCGGAAAAGUCUCAAGAAUCGGUCGUAUCUUUCGACCGGUCGGUCUGAGACUCAUAAAAGUGUGGUCCAAAAGUCUUAGAAUUUUGCGUAGAUUAUAAUAAAACCAAAUUUUGUCCCAAUAUCUCGCAUAUAAAAUUUUAGCCCGAGAAAAAUCCGUGAUGACCCGACCUAUAGAAGCCUCGUUUGCAACAUAGGCAGAACGCCUUGCGAUGACCUAUAUACCGUUUGAAUUGUUGCUUCAUGGAGCGUCAUUUAGAGCAAUAAAAAGGACGUCCCGAUAUGCAAAUUUUUUUAGAAAAUUUAAGAAAUAUAAAUUUUUUGCCAAAUAUGCAAAUUUUUCACAUACUUCCAGAAGUCCUAGGGAAAAGGUGUCAAUACGAAAGUUGCUUAGAAUUGUCCAUUCUAUAACACAGAGAAGGUCCGGAGAGAAUCCAACCUCUCGUGGCUGAGAUCCUGGAAAUGCGGUAAAGCUACAGUACACCUACAGUAGGCCAGUAAUCAAAAAAAUUUUUUCUGAAAUUUAGUACUCGCGGUUAGGGUAACACAUGGUUAGUGUUUCAUGGCUCUACUGUGACAUCCUGUUUCAUGUGCACAGCUAGCUCGACCCUUACAAAAAAGCUGUUUUAAGUGAUAUUAUGACAUUGACAUCUUCUAAUCCCGUUCUUGUGCAGAAAGAUGCACGACUGUGACACGAUGUUAAGCUCCAUGCCGAACGUGACGUUGGCGAUGAUCGUGGCGGAAUGUGUCUUAUCGAAGGACAAGAAGUUCACUCCUUAUUUGGAAUCUCUUCCACCUUCUCACCGAACACCAAUUUUUUUCACUGUCGAAGAAUUGAAGAAGCUUCGACCGUCAUCUGUUUUUGAAGCGACGUUGCUCAUGUUUAGGGCCAUAUCCAGACAUUAUGUGUACUUCUGUCUUCGGGUAGUGAAGGAUGCUUUGUUUUUGGAUGUAAGUUCAUCAACAAUAUUGCGUAUAAGAUCAAGUUUAUUUGGAUUUUAUCUUUUUGAGUUUAGAAUGUUGGGUUCAAAUCCACAUACAAUUUCCGAAAAAGUCCUCUAAAUUCAAACAAAUUCACCUUUGACUUCUACAGAUGGUGUGUUUCCACAGUUUCAACUCGUUUGAACAAUGUCCCGACUGUUGGUUAUGAUCCAGAAAGACCAAGUCCGGUAAGAAAUAACAUGAUUUUUACUUAUUGUUGUUGUCCUCAGAUUCCAACAUUGGUUCCGUUGAUUGACUUCGCCAAUUACAAAAGUUUUGAGACCAACAACGCCAGUAUGGUAUAUGAUGCCUCGUCUCGUAUGGUCCAACUGCAGGUAAAGAAACCAAUCAAGGCUGGUGAAGAGAUUUUUUUACAUUAUGGAAACCGAUCCAACGGUGACUUCUUGAUACAUAAUGGAUUUGUACCUCAACUUGGAAAUCCUCAUGAUGUUUUUGAAAUGAAACUUGGUGAGUUAUUAAAAGAAUCAUAUUCUUUGGAUACGAUUGUAUUAGUCACCGUAAUUUAGGCUUCCCAUUAAGUCGGGACUGUUCCGAUGAAGAAGAAUUCCUCCAGCUCCACGGGGUUACCCCUGAUCGGGGAGUUUAUCACUUCCUUUUGGAUGAUAAGACAGCUGAUGAGAAGGAUCUGGCUGAGACUCCCCUGUUUUUGUUCUGUAAGAUCUUUGUUUCCGAUGAUUUGGAAUGCAUCGACGAGGUCCCACAGAAGAUAAAAGCGCAGAAGUUCAUCGUCCAAAGACUCCAAUUACUUCGUCAAGCUUAUCGUGAUGUAAAACAGCCUGAGGGAGACGAUAUCCUAGACAAAUUUAUAUUCAUCUUGAAAACGGGGGAAAUCCGAUUGCUCAAAAAAUUCGAGGAGAAGUUCGCCGCCCUCAAAUUCGAAGAAUAA